AGACAUCACCCUGAUUAGUAUAAAAUGACCAGCGGACAGGAGAGUCAGGGAAAGUCGGACAUCCAUCUGCAGUUGGCGGUGAACACCUGAAGUAAACCAUGAUGGACAUCAGAACAGUAGCAUUCAUUCUCUGCUCUCUCCUGGAAAUAAGCAGGACUCACGGCGCAGCAUUGAAAUGCGGUGGUGCGUUGGCUGAGCCAAAGGGUGAGUUCUUCAGCCCCAACUACCCUGACCCCUAUCCCGUCAGCAUCAACUGCACCUGGACUAUACAGAGCACAGGAAACCGCAUCGUAGAGCUCACCUUCCCUUUCAUGCAACUGGAGUAUGUUAAUUGGGACGCGGACUGCAGGUUUGAUUCUAUCAGUGUGUAUGAUGGGCCUGCGUCAGAGCAUCGCUUGCUUGGCAAGCUGUGUGGCAACGAGACGCGUCCCAUCAACUCUACCCGUAAUGAGCUGACAGUGGUCUUCACCAGCGAUUCAACUUUUCCUAAAAAAGGAUUUCAUGCAAAUUACAGCUUUGUAGGUGAGAGGAAAAGCAACAUACCUCUGACUCAAGGAAAAGCCUUGAAAUAUGUUCCAUUUCUUUCAGAAUAUCCACAAAAAGAACUAGUGACGCCAUCCCCAGAACUAAAAGAUGUGAAAUGUGGCGGCGAGUGGACCGUGUCUGAAGGUGGAUUCACCAGCCCUUGUGGUGUUUGUUUGUUUAUGGUGCACUCUUUAUUUUCAUCUGAAGAUGUGAAAUGUGGCGGCGAGUGGACCGUGUCUGAAGGUGGAUUCACCAGCCCUAAUUACCCACACCAUUACCCCAACAAAGCGCACUGCACCUGGACUAUCAAGAGUACAGGAAACCGCAUCGUAGAGCUGACAUUUCCCACUGUGGAGCUGGAGUCUGACUGGAUGAAGGACUGCAGGUUUGACUCCAUUAAAGUGUUUGACGGCCCUGCGUCUGAACAGCGGCUGAUCGGCCUCCUCUGUGGCACACAGACCGGCAACUUUACCUCGACGAGGAACGAGCUGACUGUGGUCUUCUCCAGUGACUCCAGCACCAGUCACCCUGGUUUCAAAGCGCAGUACCGCUUCGUGGAUGUUCCCAGUUUAUCAGAAUAUCCAACUCCAGUUCCUACGAAUGACACAGAAGAAACCUCAAAAUGUGGCAGCGUAAUGGUUGAGCCCAAAGGAGAAUUUUUCAGCCCCAACUACCCUGAGCCUUAUCCCAACCAUGCCAAAUGCACUUGGAGCAUUCAGAGUGCUGGAGACCACCUCAUAGAGCUUGACUUCCCCUUCAUGCUUGUAGAAUAUCGGCAGUGGGAUGGAGACUGCAGGUUUGACGCCGUCAGUGUCUAUGACGGGCCUUUGGCUGAUGAUAAGUUGCUAAACAGGCUGUGUGGUAACCAUACCGCAAUCUCUGUGAAAUCAACAAAAAAUGAGAUGACAGUAGUGUUCACCAGCGACUCCACCUUUUCUUACAAAGGCUUCCACGCCCACUACAGCUUUGCUGAUAAACCUUAAUCGCCCAUGUGAGCCAUGUUCAUCUGAAGUCAACACGCAGAACACAAACAUCAAUCCCAAUUCGUCAACCACCACAUAUGAUUUCAUCAAUCCCAAUUCGUCAACCACCACAUAUGAUUUCAUCAAUCCGGAAGAAGCUUCACAAAGCCUGCAUUCAAAACUCAUUACACAACUUACUUAAUCAUACAACUUCACAUUAAAUCAAGUCUUUGUUA